CGUCUCUCACUCCCUUCCUGCUGCAUCACAACAGCCGCUAGCAGCUCGAGUAGCACCAGUGACCGGGAGGACAGGAUAUCCACCGCUAAUUCACUGAGGAAAUAACUCUGUGGACAGUGCAGCGCUCAGCCACAUCCUGACACGGGGGUGACCGACAGGAACUGAUUGCAGCGAGACAACCCCGCUCCAGCUGUUGGGAUAUGGCCAGGCCGGAACAGGUUCUGCUCUUGGAGCCUCAGCACGAACUGAAAUUUAGAGGUCCAUUCUCAGACGUGGUCACCACAAAUCUCAAGCUCUCCAACCCUACAGACAGGAAUGUGUGUUUCAAGGUGAAGACAACGGCGCCACGCCGGUACUGUGUGCGGCCAAACAGUGGAAUCAUCGAUGCAGGCACUUCGAUCAACGUCUCAGUUAUGCUGCAGCCCUUUGACUACGAUCCCAAUGAAAAGAGCAAGCAUAAGUUCAUGGUCCAGUCCAUGCUCGCACCCCCUGACAUGACUGACAUGGAGGGAGUGUGGAAGGAGGCUAAACCAGAGGAGCUGAUGGACUCAAAGCUGAGGUGUGUCUUUGAUAUGCCAGUGGAGAACGAAAAAACGCAUGACAUGGAGAGCAGCAAGAUGAUGUCGUCCGGCUUGUUAAAGUCAGAGUCCUCCACACUUCCUGCAAAGUCACUGAGCUCCACUCUUGAUGAUGGGGAGGUGAAGAAGAUCAUGGAGGAGUGUAAGAGGCUGCAGAUGGAAGCUCAGAGGCUACGAGAAGAAAACAAACAGAUCAGGGAGGACGAUGUGCUGCGGAUGAGGAAGAGUAACAUGAUGUCGUCUCAGCACCCCUCAGUUGGCAUGAAGAAAGAGGAGGGCUUGAGCGCCCGCACAGUGGCCUUCAUCAUGCUGUUCUUCGUGGUGGGCGUCAUCGUGGGCAAGUUGGUCUUGUAGAGCGCAGGGCAGUUCAGUGAGCCGCAGCAUGCUUUCGGGGGAUGAAAACAAAACACAGGAUCUGGGAUUUUGGAUCAGAAAAUGCCAUAUCUGCUGGGUGGGGGGUGGUAACAGUUUUGAUUCAGUCUCAUUUAUGUAAAAAAAAUGAAAGGUAAUGUGGGGGAAGGGGGGGAUCAUUCCCACUGUUACAGGUCUUGCCUCUACCGAUCAUCUCGCAAUCAUCUGGCUCUUUUCCCAAAGCUUCAUUCAUACAGAUGACUGGUUCUGCAGGUGUGGGGUUGAUGGAAACUCGAUUUGAAGAUUCAGACCAUUUGUCAGAAUUUACUGACACUAGCAAAGUGGUGUCGGUGGGACUGCGUCAUUUAGUGUCGUUUAAAUAAAUGAGAGGCCAGAGCCUAUGUAAAUGUACACGUCAUCCCCACCACUGUCCAGCUGUUCUUUCCAGAUAACCCCUGUUAAAGGAAGGCACCGACCAGAGAGAUGAUCAACACAGUCGGUUUCACACAGGGCUAUCGAACAGAAGCUUUGCUAAACAUCCUACAUCAGUGAAGAAAACAAUACACCACACUGUUUUUCCUUUUUGUUUGUCUCUUUUGUUUUUGCUGUACGUUAAUCCUCACUCGGUCACUCAGUGCUCACCACAUCCCCAGGUGGCAGAGGGGGGUGUCUGCAUGCUUUCACACAGAGUGUUGCAUCUGGACUUUUGAAUCUAAUUUAAAUGAUAUUAUAAUAGUAAGAAUAAUAUUUUCAUUUGACUGUAGGUUCGCACAAUUACUUUGCAAUUACAAUUAAUUUUAUUUUCUCUCUUUUGUGUAAUGUGUUUUUACGGUUUAAUUUUUUUUUGCUAGGUUUGAAGCAUUUGUGAAUAAUGCAGCUACCUGAAACGUGAAUAGCAGGAUCCAAUGAUUUCAGUAAGGUCUCUCCAGAUGAAAGCCUUGCCUUGUGACCUUGUGGCCAAGUUAUUCUCAGGCUAAGAAGGAGGAAUAUACUGUAUAAAAUACGUUAACACAUAUGUGCAUGCACAUGCGCGCACCUGGAAAGCUCACAUACUGUAUAGUGUGUAAUCACAAGCGGACAGAAAGGUGAACAAAUUUGUUUCCUUGAAAACAACAGUGACACCACAGACCUAUUGCUCUUCAUUUUCAGCCUGUUUCCGUUUUCUGAAGCCAUACAUUUGUUGAGGUUCGUUGUUCAUGCCAAAUGUAUGUGACAGAUUAUAAAUUGCCUGCCACGAUUCUUCCCGGCUGGUGAUUUAGCUGUUUUCUAUUUUUCUUUCAUUCACCCACUGCAGCACCGUGUUGAUUUUUUUGUGUGCUUCUUUAGCAUUUAUCUGCAUAUUUAUUGAUUAUUAUUAUUAUUAUUAUUAUUAUUAUUAUUAUUAUUAUUAUUAUUAUUAUUAUUAUUAUUAUUAUUAUUAUUAUUAUUAUUAUUAUUAUCUCCUCCUAGAACACAUGUUCAUCUUUAAUGCACUAAAGUUAAAAGUAUUAUUUUCAUCCAGCAAGUUCUUUUUUUUUUCUCAAAUGAGACAGGCAGAGUAUAGAGUUCAGUCUUGAGGGCACCCCAUGAUAAUUUUAUACUACUUCAGAGCAUAUGGUUCAGAAAUCAACAAACAACUGCAACAAAACAGAUUGUUUCAUCUGCAAAUUUGCAUAUUGGAGAAAACAUCAAUGGCGAUUUGCAUUAUUUGAAAGAGUAAAACACUCACUUUUUUUGUCCAAAUGUAAUAAAGCGUCUAUAACCCUAGACUGCAGAAAAGAAAAAGGACCAAUUCCACUAUCAUUUUAUGUUAAAUGGAAGAAACAUAAACUAAACACGUGUGUGUUUCUGCUGUAUGUCUGAGUUGCUGGGUUGAAGAUGACUUGCUGCUUAAAGAGAGGGCAGAGCAGACCUGAGCUACAGUCCUGUUAAGGGUGAUCAGUCCUGGGUCGUAUAGUACUUACCGAAGAGUCUUAUGGAAUGAAUCCUGGUUGGAGUACUGGCACGUUUCACAAGAACAUAGUGUGUUCUGGAAUUAAGAAUUUCCCACUGCCUCGAUGCAGCGAAGCAAAACCAGUGCUACUCCAAGUAGGAUUAAACUAACAAAAGUUACUUGUAAAUACUUACUGAUCCAGGCCCAGUUGUAAAACACACUACACUGACAGAUACUGGAGUCCCUGACCAUCGCCGUGAUCAAUGUAAGCAGUCGGGAAACUGUUUUGUAUGUAUAUAAAUAAAUAAAUAAAUAAGUCUAUCUGAGAAGAAGAGUAAUAUUCCUAGUCAAGUAGUCUCUCUGGUGUAUAAAAACAGCCCAACCUGGUUGAACUAUGUAGCAUCUUAAUAAAUUAAAUGAAUAAAGCCCCUAUUCAACUGUGUGAA